AUGCUUCGCAGCUUUGUAUUCUGCGCCGUCCUCGGCCUCCUAAGCUCUGCUUCGGCUGGUGCUUUGGCUACCCGCAACGCACCUCAAGUCAACGAGGCUUUCGGUCUGUAUGCCGACGGCGACUCGGUUGGUGUUCAUUCACUUUUUUAUGCGGGAGGCAAAGCCAUGGUCGGUGACCCAUCCAACUCGACAUCCGCCGACGCAUUCCCCGUCUCCUUCACCCGCAAUUCAGCCUCCUCCUCCAGUCCCUGGACCGCAAAUCCAAAUUCAACAACCACAACUGACAGCUGGUCCGACGAGAUGCUGUACAUCCCCAGCUCAUGCUCUUCUUCGGAUGAAAUGGGAUUCAUCCCCAGCGAGGAGGCCAAUGAGACGACGACCGGCUUCAUUUUCUACGGACAAUAUGUCAUGGUCAAGAAUGAGGCGGGUGAUAUCUCUUCGAGCUUCUAUAUUCGGUCUUCCUCUGCCGGUGAGGGUGUUUAUUCUUUGCUUUGGGAUGCUGGUGAUGAUGAUACUGCUAUUCCGGUUUCGCUGCGCUCUGCAAAGCCUUCGAAUUCUUAG